ACUCGCACAAUCUCAGCUGGGAAGUGGUUGCGUUUGUGCCUCUUGCUCACAUCUUGACUUGGUUUUCCAUUUCUGUUUGAAGCUCUAGGAGGGAGGGAGGAAACAAAAGCACAAUUAAAACCUAGUAGCAAAAAGGAGUUUCUUUUUCUCUGCCUUCUGGCUCGUGUCCAGGUGCAGUCCGGCCCCUCUGCGAGGAUGGAGGUGUGACGUGGAGUAACUUCCCCCGUUGUGCAAUCACUGCUGAGAGGCUCAGGGGGGCUAUAAGACCUCCAGCCUCCUCUGGUUUCUCAGAGUCUGUCUCGUCGACACACAUGAAGACAGAGGCGUGAUGCAGUGUGAGGCACUCAGCUGUGGAGGAUUCUAUUAGAGGGGCUGCGGAGCAUUUGUCAAGCCUGGACUUCACGAAAACCACUUCUGAACUGGACUUCAUUCCAGCAAACCUUGUAAACAUCCAGAUCCAUGAUGGCAGUCCCAAAUGACGUCUCUUUUUUCAACUCCACCUCCUCCCCGGAGGUCUAUGUGAACACCACCGCGCCUGCCGCUUGCAGGGGCUGGUCCCCCGUGCCCACCACGACGGUCAUUCCUAUCGUCUACGGUACUAUCUCCGUGCUGGGGACCAUAGCCAAUGCCUUGGCGGUGUGUGUGUUGGCGCACGGAAGCACCUCGCGGAGGACCGUUGCUAACACGUUCAUGGUGAACCUGUGCGUCUCCGACCUGCUGUUCCUGCUCUCCCUCCCGCUGUGGGCCGUCUACUACUCCCAGGACUACAGCUGGACCUUUGGCCGGAUGGCCUGCAAAGUUUGUGGCGCCAUCCUGAACCUCAACCUCUACGCAUCCAUCUUCUUCAUCACCUGCAUGAGCAUGGACCGUUACUUGGCCAUCGUCCAUCCUUUCCGCUCCCAGAUUGCGCGGGACACCAGGCGGGCCCAGUAUGCGUGCGUGGUGGUGUGGAUUCUCGCAAGUGCUUGUUCGGCCCCGAACUUUGCUCUGAGGGAAAUUCACUACCUUCAGGAUAAGGGGGUUGAAGCGUGCGUGGUUUUAUACCCCAGCGAUGAGUGGUACCUAACCCUGACCUGGAUGAAGAUCGGCCUGGCUUUCCUGCUGCCGCUGCUCGCCAUCUGCUGCUGCUACUGCGCCAUUGGGAGACAUUUGCUGGCUGACACGGGUUUACGGCAGAUGCAGGGUCCCUCACAUCACCUCAGCGUGCCCUCUUUUAAAUCAUCCGAGUCCCAAGAGGGGGGUAAUAAGCCAGAGCAACUCUCAACAGCCAGUGUCACUCCCAGCUGCAGCAGGAGCAAACCCCUGAUGGGCAGAGGGGUGGAGAGGGUUUUGUGGACGGUAGCCAUCGUGGUGCUGGCGUUCUUCCUCUGCUGGUUCCCUUUCCACUGUGUGACUUUCUUAUCGCUGAUGCACGAUCACGGCUGGCUGGACAGCUGCUGGGUAACCUGGAGCAUCAGAAACCUCACACCCAUAACCCUUUGCCUCGGAUUCUCCAACUCAGCCAUCAACCCCGUGCUUUACUGCUUCAUCGGGAACCAUUUCAGGGGCCGCCUGGGAGGCCUCUGUAAAGGCCUCUGUGCUUGUGUGAAGGCGCGGAGAGAGGAACACAGCCAGAAGAGAAGCUCGUUCAGCACCAGGCUGAGCUCCUUCUCUCGAAAACUCAGCGAUCUUAAGGAUCUGGCUAUCGUAGAGACUUCUAAUCCUUCAUAGGAGCCCAAAGAAAAUGAACUUUGGCGUAAAGAGUGAAUGAUAAAUGACUGCUGUAGCACCGAGCAUGGGUUCAGGGGUCAAAGGGAGUUGAAGGGCGCCUGCUGGUAUUGCAAAUAUGUAGAAAAGUAUAUCUGAGAAUGUGAUGGAAAAGGACCAAAACAAAAAGCAACUUGAAACAUGAAUCCGAGCAGUUUUUAUAGUUUUAAGAUGCAAAGUUACACAAAGCAACACAAAGAAGAUUUAGUUUGUACCUUUUGUUUAUGAGAUAUUUUUACAUUUGAAAUUCUAAAUAACAAAAAAUCUAAAAAAAAUCACAACAUAUCAAGAACAUUAUAGGAGAGAGUUGUCCAAAUUUUGGCCUUAUAUCACUUAUAUUAACUUCAAAUCUCUUUCUGUAGAUGGUAAAAUUAUGAUUUUGUCAAUGUUUAUACGAUAAUGUCAUGACUAUAUAAUGAAUUUAUAUGAGAACUGGAAUGAGGGAGCGUGACACAUAGAAAAUCCUUGAAAUGAAGUCUUUCUUGAUAUCACCAUGUUGGAGCCGGAGGUCGUUAGUAACCAGUGAUUGGUCAGAGUCGGUCUGAGUCAGCAUCUCUAUGGCAACCAGUCUCACCAAUCAGGACUGAGCUUGUUUGAAGUCCACACCCCAAAUACUUGAAGGCGGGCUACACAGAAUACGUCAAUCAAACGCAGGAGGCGGGAACAGACAGCCUCUACUUUUAUUAAGGCAUCUGAUUGGUCACUUUGUAUGGGCUCAAAAUAAAGUGUUUGUCAUUGAGGUGUCGCCGGCGACAUCUCAGGUGUUAGCGAGCAAAUACUUUUUUUCUGACUGAUUAUUUCCCACUAGAAGUCUAUGGGAUUUUGGCUUCUUGGAGUCGGAACUUCUUGUUUGGGACGUGAGGGGGCGUGGCCACUCAGUCCAGUUCUCAUAUGCAGUAAAAAGUAAAUGUUAAAAACAAAAUUGGAGGAAAAUCGAUCAAUUUUGGUGACCAGUCUUUCUUAAGCUAUAUCACAAUAAUUUUAAGAUUUGGUUGUACUCACCACUUUAUUGUAACAUUUUGUACAGACAGUUCAAAUAAAGAAAUAAAGUAAAGAUGGAUAUAUUUGCCCAAAAGAAAUGUCCUGUCUUUCUUCGAUGCAGUAGUGUCUGUACAUUUCUCUUUCAAACUCAAAUACGGCGAAGUUCUUCUCUGCCUCGUUCUGAAAUACAUUUGCAGAUUUUAAUGUUCAAUUUUUCUCAUUUUCUCUGUAAUAGCAGUGAGUGAGAGCCGCCCCCACCUGGGAAUGAGAGUGUCGAGAUUACUGUUCGCCUGGCAGAUGGACUUUCCAGCUCAUCAUGAUUUAUCUCUUUCCCUGAGCGCCUAACGAGGAUUCUGCAUCUAUCAAGGCUGGAUAAAGCUAUAAUCUCAUACCAAUGACCUAAUGAUGCAUUCCAGCAAAUAUAGUUUUACUAAAAGGAGCUUUUUGUUCCCUGUUUCUGUCCAUCACUUUUUAGACUUAUAAAAUGUUGUUCAUCUUGGUACUAUUUCAUUACAAUAAAUAUAAGAGAUAAAUCAUCUUCUUCCUGAUCGAAGCGGCCACUGGGUGGUGCUAAAACGCAGUAAAUACCAUAAACAAGACAUAACUGGCUGCUUUUUCAGAUAGAAGCCCAAACUCCCACCAGUCAUGAUCUUAUGAGCUGAGGGAGAAAUGCUUCUGACACAGAUUGAUGACUCAUGCGGGCGAAACUUCUGAAAAGGGGAAAUAACCAGACGUCUUUAACAAAUGCUGCAUAAAAGAGGACAGUUGGCUCAGACAACAUGCCAGAAUCACGUAUUAGAUAUGUGUGAAAAGCCUUUAAUAAAGACUCUUGGUUAAUGAUGUCAAAAACUUCUUGUAAUCUUCAAUACCCGGAAUAAUUUACCAAACGUUUGGUAUGACACAUGAGCGAGGCCCGCCAGACGCUUUGCUGUCAUUGGGAGAACAUUUGCCAGAUCUUUAAUUUGACACAGCAGAACUUGCUGACUGACGUGACAGAUUGCGCGAUAGGUUUGUUGUACACACAGCUUCAUUAGUUGAUUCCUCUCUGUGCUGCAGAGCAGCUGCGAGUUUGCACAGACACGCUUAUGAGAAGAUCCACCGUGGACAUGUGGCUGAAAGCAUGUGUGAUCCUGUAAUUAAAAAAUGCACGCUGGGAAUCAUUGAAAACCCCACUGAACAGCAGGUGGAGAAACUUUUUUAUUUGAGUCCAGUUGGAAAUGCUUUUCUCUUUCUUCCUUUUUUUGUUUGUUUUAAUGCAGAGUUGACAGAUAGGAAAAGUAAAAGGAUUGCAACUUUUUCUUGUUUGGGGCUGUUGAGGGUUGAGAUGAAAUAAUUCCACUGCUGGCGCCAUGCACAAAUCCCUAUCCCCAGCUACUUUCUUCAGAUUUUGUUUUCAAAGACCAAGACUUACUUUGGAUUUCUGAAGAAAGUUUUAAUUUUCAUUUUUGGCUGCUUUUUUUUCUCCCGUUUGUGCUUACAAAUUAUAGUUGAAUCAAUAGGAAAUGUUCAAAAUAUAACAGUUUUAGUGUCUCAAAACGAUAAAAACAAGAAAGAAAAUAAAGUAAAGGCUUAGAUAAGAUGAAACAAAAAUAAAUAUAAAUAUCUAGUAGGCAGAAAAUGUUCAAAAUAAUAACAUGUGGAUGUGGUUGGCUGUAAUAAGCCCUGUGGUGGUGUUGAGACAAUGACAUUUUGGUAAUUGUUGUGUCACACCUUUUAUGGCAAUGUAACAGUGGUGAGGGUGGCAUGGAACCUGACUGCAUCUUACAAAGACGUGGCACGCGCCUGCAAAGAAAUGCUUAUUUUUUUUAUGCCGUUAUUUCUUUUCCUCUGCUUCCCCUAGUGGCGGAAUUGUGCAUUGCAUCCAUUUAUUUAAAGGGUAACCAAACAGGGAAGUUGGAGGCUGACUCCGCCCAUUCCUGAAAUUUGAAAGAGGGGAGGGGCUUAGAGCUGUUAUCAUACCUGGAGUGGCAGAUCAUGACGUCAGACUUCUGAAAUGGUUUGACCAAUUAGAAAAUUCAAAUGUAAUACCUUGAUUCAACCUGUAGGGGGCAGCACACAGAUGGUUUUGGACUAUAUUUUCAAGAAUUCAACAAGUUUGCCUUAAUUUGGCAAUAACCAACAGACAGCACUUUCAAAGCCCCGAUUAUAGAGAUAAAUAGCCAAAAACAGCUGAUUUAGGGUUUGGUUACCCUUUAAAUAACCAUAACUUUACACAUUAAAAGGCUAGAAACUUGCUUUUUAUUUUUAUUUUUUCGACAUUUUAAUUUUUUUUCCGUCUGGAUUAAACCCAUGUGGUUUACCACCCCUGCUUUAGCCACAUGCACCAGUAUAGGGCUUGCCCCGUACUAUGCCUCAGGUUUUUGGGUUGUACGGCCCGUGGAGGGUCGUGGACAGGAGCGGCUACGUCCUUGCAGUUCCAUCGAGGUUCGUGCAGCCACUUUUAGGGACAUCGUGAAAAUGGACCGUACUAUUCUCGUGCAUGUGAAAAGUGUCUCGUGAAGUAUUUG